AUGGCUGUGGAGUUGGCUGACUCAUCAGACAAGCACACAGGACCGCUGGACGACGUGGCUAUGCAGACCUAUGGCAUAACAGGCUCAAAGAAGUCAAACUCGCAAGGCUACCCGGACGCGGACACACCCGCUCAGAAUUGCAAAAUGGCGCUGGCGGAGGUGACCAAAGAAGCUUCCACCACCAGUUGGCCGGAUCCGGAGAACGAGGCUACUUCGACCACGAAUGCCACAGGUACGCCCUUGGAUGUGUCCAUGUCGGAUGCAGUGAUGGAAAAGACUGUGGCACCAAAGGCAGAGACCGAAAUGCCACAGGAGCACAAGAAUCUCCCGGUCCAGGUGGCGGAGUCAAACCGCCAGGAUUCCAAGACGUGUCGCGGAGAAGCCAGUCCAAUCGAAUUUCGUCGAGGUCAGCCAGAAAGUCAGCUGACUGCUUGCUUCAAUCUUCCUGAUGUGACGGAGACCUUGGGGGCGGCCUGCUGCGACCCGGCACUGCUUGCUCGGCUCGGGAUGGCAGAUAUCACUUUACACCGCCUCAUCCUCUGCCGCAGCUUCGCUGAGCGGCGGGCGCAAGACUUCUGCGAGAAUGGCAUGGUUUGGGCAUCAGGGUGCACCAGUCUCGAACAGUUACAGAUCGGCCUCAGCGUCUCGGAGGUCUGCGCUUCAGAUAGCCAGAACCAUCUGUACUUCGAGUACGGCGGUGGUGUGAACCUGCUGGAGGAGACGAAGCAGCUGGUCCAUGCAGCAGCGCUGUUUGCUCAGAAACACCCUCGAUUGCGACUGCAUGUAGAUGCGCAUGCAGGGGUUGGUGCACCCAGGGGGAUCGCCACUAGCACCUCUCGCCGACGAGCGGAGUGUGUGCAGACCGAGCUUGUUGCUCUUGGGGUGGAACAAGAGAGGGUCUCCACCACUUCUUGGGGAAGGAGAGUGGCAAGUGUUUGGACUGAGCCAGAAGGUAACGCGGCUGCUCGAGCCGAGCUUUAUUUCCGCCUGGGCGAGAAGGAGUUUCCGGUACGGCCGGAUCACUACCAAGACGUUCCAGAGCAGAACAAAGGCGACUCACCAGACUCUGACUCCGACGGCGACCAUCCCAACAUCAGACGGCAGCGCAUGCUCGCCAUGCUCAGGGCUUUGGGAUAUCCCGUCCAAAUUGUUUAUCGGAAUCCUGAGAACGCUGGCGCACCUGCAAGGCAAGCCGAGCUACAGGCUGUGCGGCAUCGCUACAACUUGCUGCUGCAAACUGCGGCGGAAUGGCGAGAGGCGUUGAUACGGAAGCAGGGCGACUGCGACCUGUGGCGGCGGCGAUCAGAGUCAAAGGGCCUCGCGGUUCGCCGCGACGAUGCAGAGCUUCAGGCUGAAAUCCAAAGCUUGGUUGAUGCACCGGCGUUCAGUCCUCCACGGCUUGGCUACUGGGGAGAGGCUUUUGGCGGCGACAGACCGACCACGCAGACAAGCCAUAUCGGUCAGGAUGACAGUCGGAGUGCCGCCUCCUGGACCGGUUGGAUGCGCACACCCAACAGGCGUACAGCACCCCUGCAGUCACCUUUGUGGAGACGUCCAGCUCGGAGAGGGAGGUCGCUUGAGUCUACCAGGCUUGGGCUUCCUGUCUCCGGGCAACCGCGUUUGGAUGUGACUCCGCGCUCGCCGUCUCCUCAUCCAGCCGGGGAGCUCCUGCUGCGACUGGUGAUUGUGUGGCUGGUCCCAGGCGGCGCCCUCGCGGCCGGGGUCACUCCUGACUUGCUCACCAGCCUUCUGUCAAUCGGCGCGACCCUUUGCGAAAUCUGGAUAUGGCUCUCAGCGCUCACAAGCUCCAAGCGUCGAUCGCCCCCUUGGCGAAGCUUUUUCCUGCGACUUGCUGGCUUGUGCACGCUGCAGCUGUGGUCGCUGCUGCUUCAUGAAAGCAUGCGGCCCGACGACUCGGACCAGCCUGCCGAGCCCGUCCAGCCAGAGAAGCCGGCGAAUUUUGAUGCUCCUAUGAUGCGAGGUUCGAAGGCAAAGUCCAUGGUGGUGCCACCAAAGAUGUCGGCUCCAUCCCCUUCACCUCGGCCCCUUGCAGCUGUGGAGGUUGAGACUCCACGGAUAGCACGCGCUUCGCUGGCAGCUGUCGGUGAGGGUAACUUCGUGGUAGAUGCAGAGCCGGAAGACCUCAAGUGGGUGCCACGCACCAUCUCAGUCGUGCUCCCUUGUGCAGAAGAGCGUGAUUUGGCAUUCAAAACCGUGAAGUCUGUCUUCGACACGACUCCGACAGACAUUCUGCAUGAGAUCGUCGUCGUUGAUGACGGCAGUAAUCCUCCUCUUUCUGAGACACACCUCAAUGCAGACGUUCAGAAGAAGUACAAGAUCUUGAUCAAGAGACACGACCGGACGGUGGGGUUGAUCGGUGCCAAGAAGACUGGCGGAGAUGCUGCAACUGGCGACAUCAUCGUCUUCUUCGACUGCCACGUGGGACUCCUGACUCAGUCUCGGUCUGCUGGGUAG